CAGACCGAACGCACGUCGUUUUGAUCGCGCGCGCCUCUGGCUCUCAAACUGAACCAGAACCAAAGACCGAAACCGAAACCGAAACCAAAAACCCAACGACUGACAAGUCACACGCACGCACACACACACAACCACACACACACACACACACCCAUGCACACGCACACAUGCAUUUGGAUGGACAAGUGUCGUGUGCGGGCACUAAAAGUUAUUUCGUAAAUUAAUAAACACAUCGCUGUGUUUGUGUGCGUGGGCGAGCCCUGAAGCCCUGGACGCUGCCCGCAGCGCAUAAAUAAACACACACAAGUACAAAUACAUCGAGGCGAAUUCCCCAAGAGAACAGAAAACAGACACCCUCCCAUUCCUUCCGCCGCAAGUGAAAGUGUUUUAACGGCCAGAAUGUACGCGCUGGAGCCCUACACUCACUCUCACAGUCACAGUCACAGUCACGGUCAGAGCCAGAGUCACACGGCCAGUCACAGGCUGAGUCACAGGCACAGUCACGGACACGGACACAGUCCGCACCACCGACAACACCAGCAGCAACAGGAGCAGCAACAGGAUCACAGCCACCAGCAGAAGCAGCAGCAGCAGCAGCAAAGCCACAAGCAACAGGCUGGCCAAGAUGUUGUUGGCCUGGCCAAGAGAACAACUGCGGCAGUUAAAGCCAGGCAUCUGCAGCUUUGGCAUAUUCUACAUGUGAUAUUAGUGCUAAUCGAUAUAACCAGCUCGCUGACAAUGACCGAGGUGAAGAUACCCAAUCACAUAAUGCGGCUGAAGAGCGCCCUGCUCGGCUGUCGCUAUUCCCUGGACGGCGAGUCCCUCUACUCGGUUAAAUGGUACAAGGACGGGCACGAGAUCUACCGCUAUGUGCCGCGCGACAAGCCACCUGGCCAGGCCUUCCCGCUGCCCGGCGUCAACAUCGAUCUGAGGAACUCCUCGGACACGCAGGUAAUGCUGCGACGCGUUACGCUCCAAACUUCCGGCCUGUACCGCUGCGAGGUGUCCGGCGAGGCGCCCGCCUUCAACACCGUCUCCGAGUCGGAGACAAUGACCGUUGUGGUGACACCGAAUCAUGGGCCGAAAAUAUCCGGCGGGCAGCCGCGCUAUCAGAUCGGGGACACCGUACGCGUCAAUUGCACGUCGGCACCGUCGAAGCCCGUCUGUCACCUGAGCUGGCUGAUCAACGGGGAACCGGCACAGAAGCAGCAUCUCAAGCAGUACGACAAAAUCGUGAUGGGCCGCGAUAGCCUGGAGAUGGCUCGACUCGGAUUGGAGUUUCGUGUGCGUGGAUAUCACUUCAAAAACGGCGAUAUGAAACUCAAGUGCGUGGCCAAGAUCAGUUCCCUCUACUGGCAGAGCAACGAGGAGAGCGUGGAGAGCGAUCGCCAGCAGCGGGCGCCCGCCCUAGAGUCACGUGAAACUGUGGCCGCCAAAUCGAGCACGAUUGGUGCUGCUGCCUCGAGGCAACCCUCGCAUCUCAUCUCGCUUCUGCCAGCCCUGCUGCUGCUCUUCGGCGCCGUCGGAUCCUGGAGUUGGCCGCCCGAAGGCGCUGGCAGUUAACUGGCUUCAGUGAAUAUUUGGAACGCAGCUUAAGGAGAUCAUCAAAAGCAAACCUUGCCCAAUGUUGGGAUCUGUCGCCAGAUGACAUCAUAUCUGAGAAAUUUAAGUGUAAAAGCAAAACAUAUCCUAUGCCAAAUUUCAUAGAAAAAUCUACAUACACUAACGAGUACAUUGCGCUAAUAUUAAAAACAAGAAUUUCAUUUAAUUGAUGUGUACGGAUAACUCCGUAAACCAAAUGCAAAAUCUUUCA